AGUUUGCCUUUUUGGGUGAUGGACGCAGGCGACGACGAUGGCAGCGCGGCCGCGCGGGCCGUCGAGGCCGUCCUUGCGCGCGAGCUCAAGCGGCCCAAGCUGGAGCGUGCGCCCUUCAACCCCACAGACCAUGGGCUGCGCGAAGACUUCCGGCUCACCGACUUUAGCGCGCUGAAAGGCUGAGGCUGCAAGCUACCCCAGGAAAAACUACUCUCCUACAUCUCUGGGAUAGCCAACGACCUCAAACCCAACGAGACGCCGGGCAUGGACUCGAGCGUCGUCAAGAUCAAGCACCCCAAGUUUGGGGACCUCUACAUGAUUUCCACCACCGAUUUCUUCUACCCUCUGGUCCAAGAUCCCUACGUCCAAGGCCGCAUUGCCUGCGCCAACGUGCUCUCGGAUCUGUAUGCGAUGGGCGUCACCGAAGUCGACACGAUGCUCAUGAUCCUCGGCGUUUCGCGCACGAUGACGGACCUCGAGCGCGACGUCGUGACGACGCAGCUCAUCCACGGCUUCAACGACCUUGCUCGCGAAGCUGGCACCAACGUCACGGGCGGCCAGACCGUCAUGAACCCGUGGCCGAUUGUCGGCGGCGUCGCCAUGAGUGUUCGCGCCGAGUCCGAGAUCAUUCGACCGGAAAACGCGACCGCCGGACAAAUGCUCGUGCUCACCAAGCCCCUCGGCACGCAGCUGGCCGUGAACGCGUACCAGAUGAAGGACCAGCCCGCGCGCUGGUCCAAGGUCGAAAGUUUCUUGACGCGGGAGAUGGCCGACCGCGCGUUCAGCGUCGCAUCCGAGUCGAUGAGCCGACUCAACGUCAACGGCGCCAAGCUCAUGCACAAGCACGGCGUGACCUCAGCGACAGACGUCACGGGCUUUGGCAUCCUCGGGCACGCCCAAAACAUGGCAACCUCGCAAAAGGCCGACGUGGAUUUUGAGCUGCACACGCUGCCGGUCAUCAAGGACAUGCUCGCGGUGAACGAGGCGUUCAACGGCCAAUGGCGACUUGAGCUCGGCUUCUCGUCCGAGACGUCGGGCGGUCUCCUUGUCUCGAUCGACGCCGACCGCGCUCAGGCGUUUAUCGACGACUUGGUGGCCCUCGACAUGCAGCCGGCGUGGAUCGUCGGCCGGGUCGUGCAAGGCACCAAGCAAGCGCGGUUGGCGCCGGACGUGACCUUUGUCGAAAUUUAGCUCGAGCGACGAAGAAAGCGGGAGGACGUGUCGGCGCCCGGCCUGGCUUGUUUUUGAGUAGUUCAAGCCGCUGGGUCGCCUUGGUGGCUGCGAAUGACGGG